AUGAAAUAUAAAGGAUUUUCUAAUGUUUGAAAUGAAUGAAACGGGAAAUUAUAAAGCUCUGCCUUUAGAGAGAAUCAUCCCUGAGAGGUUUUCUUAAAAAUUUAACCAAAUUUAACCAACAUGGGCUUUACUUCUUUGACGGUUGUGAGUUUGUGUAUAUUAGCUUUGGUGUUUGGUGAGCAAGCAAGCACAACAACAGCAUUAACAGGGUCACUGACAACAACAGCACCUUCAACAUCUACUACUUUAAAACAGGUUUGCAGCAAACCCACAAUUUCUCAUGGCUUUGUUUCUGGUAACGCCAACACAGAAUUGAAUUCGACCGAGACAGUUUCAUGCAACACUGGGUAUGACUUAAGCGGUGAUGGAACUAUCACCUGCCAAGCAAACAAAACUUGGACUACGCCUCCAACGUGUGUGAUCAAAGUUUGCAGCAAACCCACAAUUUUACAUGGCUUUGUUUCUGAUAACGCCAACACGGAAUUUAAUUCGAUAAAGAAAGUUUCAUGCCACACUGGGUAUGACUUAAGUGGUGAUGGAACGAUCACCUGCCAAGCAAACACAACUUGGACUACGCUUCCAACGUGCGUGAUCAAAGAUUGUAACAGUCCGCCAACUUUCGAACAUGGAACUUUUAAACUUGACAUUUUAAACAACACAAAAUUUGGGGCGACAGCAAAAACCACGUGCGAUCUUGGUUACGAUGCGGCAAAUGGGACCAUUUAUUGCCUGGAAAAAGGUCAAUGGACAAAUGAUAGUUGUGUCAUAAAAGAUGAGAUACUGCUUGAGUAUCGAGCAAAACGUGCUCAGAAUAGCACAACAGAACCGGCUAUCGUUUGCAGCAAACCCGAAAUAUCACAUGGCUCUGUUACUGGUAACGCCACCACGGAAUUUAAUUUGACUGAGGCGGUUUCUUGCAACACUGGGUAUAACUUAAGCGGUGAUGGAACUAUCAUCUGCCAAGCAAACAAAAAUUGGACUACGAUUCCAACGUGUAUGAUCAAAGUUUGCAACAAACCCACAAUUUCACAUGGCUCUGUUUCUGGUAACGCCACCACAGAAUUUAAUUUGACUGAGACAGUUUCUUGCAACACUGGGUAUAACUUAAGCGGUAAUCGAACUAUCAUCUGCCAAGCAAACAAAACUUGGACGUCGGUUCCAACGUGUGUGAUCAAAGUUUGCAACAAACCCACAAUUUCACAUGGCUCUGUUUCUGGUAACGCCACCACAGAAUUUAAUUUGACUGAGACAGUUUCUUGCAACACUGGGUAUAACUUAAGCGGUGAUGGAACUAUCACCUGCCAAGCAAACAAAACUUGGACGUCGGUUCCAACGUGUGUGAUCAAAGUUUGCAACAAACCCACAAUUUCACAUGGCUCUGUUUCUGGUAACGCCACCACAGAAUUUAAUUCGACUGAGACAGUUUCUUGCAACACUGGGUAUAACUUAAGCGGUGAUGGAACUAUCACCUGCCAAGCAAACAAAACUUGGACGUCGGUUCCAACGUGUGUGAUCAAAGUUUGCAACAAACCUACAAUUUCACAUGGCUCUGUUUCUGGUAACGCCACCACAGAAUUUAAUUCGACUGAGACAGUUUCUUGCAACACUGGGUAUAACUUAAGCGGUAAUGGAACUAUCACCUGCCAAGCAAACAAAACUUGGACUACGGUUCCAACGUGUGUGAUUAAAGAAAUACAGUUUAAUGAAUCAUGCACACCAAUUGAUGGGGACAAUCCAUGCAUCACUGAUCAUGCAGUAUGCAGGGAAGAGGCGGAUAGGGGCAACAGGUGCCUAUGCAAUAAGACAUUUCCUUAUUUUUACAACGACGCUUGUAUUGCGGGUCUAAAUAUAAGCCUUACAGACUUAAAAUGCCAUGUAAGUGAAAAUCCAGAAGAUGGACCUGUUCCUGAUUUAAUACAGAUAACUUGUUCUGCUUCUUCGAUCGACGAAGAUAUAUUCGAUGGCUAUAAAGUGCGCAUCGAUAACAGUGCAAGGGAAUGGAAUUUCACCAGAGCGAACAAUUUUAUCUAUACAUUAGAUAAUUUAAAAUCAGGAGAAAUAUACCAAAUAGACAUUUUUGCCACAAAAGACUCUAUUCCAAGCAUAAAUAAGAAAACUUUUCACGGUGUAACAAGACCCGUCAUGGAAGCAAAUUGGAGUUUAUGUGCUAUUACUAUCAGUUCGUUUUCUUUCCAAAACAAUGACACAAUUGUCGAUCCAUUUAAAACGUUUAGUGUUGAAAUUAAUACAACGGAUGCUAAGUUUUCAGCAAACUGUUUAUCAAAAACCACAGACAAAGCAACAUGUUCGAUACUUCGAAAUGAGUCCCAUUUUAACAUUUUGGAACUCAAUUCAGGCAGUUCUUAUGAGAUACAAAUAUUUGCUCAAAUUAAGUUCAACACAAAAGAUAUAAGAAGCAUUGGCUUCCAGCGCUUCGUCAUAUACACAGUUCCUGAACUGCCUGCUGAUAUUGAAAUUCCUCUUGGUAGUAUUACCCAUGACAGCUUUAACGUUUCCUUCGAAAAUAACAGCAACAAAAGAUUCUCUUAUUGGAGUGUGUCUGUGACCAACUUUAAAACAGGGGAAUGGGAAGCUGAAGACACUCGUCACUCUGAUGUAAAAUCAAUGCAGAUAUCAACAAAUAUCACUUCUUCAACGUUUUACCUGGUUCAGGUCCAGACACAUGUUCCAAUGCAAUCCAGCGAUAUGUUCAACAAAACAUUUAAUACAAGACCUCGACAAUCAAGCAGUGGUCACCUGAUGAAGGCAAAUGUGACAGAAAGUGAGAUCAUGCUAUUCAUACUGGAAGAUGAAGAAGAGCGUUUUGAUUAUUAUUCUUUGAUAAUUAACAGUUCAGAUGCAGCGCGUGUUACCCUCGAUGGCCCUUCAAAUGUUUCUUGUGAGCAAAGCGGAGAUAACUGCACCUUCCAACGAACCUUAAAUUUCUCAACGAAAAUAACAAUAAAAAACCUAACGUCCGGAACAUUUUACCCAUUACAUCUUUAUUCUAGAUUUAAUGGAUUACCAAGCCUUGAAUCUCAAGAUUUGUCUUCCUACACAGCGCCUUUAAUGCCUCUCUUGCUUGAAUUUCCGAUGGGUUGUGUAACAGAGAAGAGUUUCGAAGUUCACAUUACAGUGCCAAAUAAGAGAUUCUUCAAUUUGAUCAUUUCUGUCUGUCAUGUUUCAAAAGCGGCCACAUGCAUUACCAAAGUCGUUAACAACACGUAUUCAACUGCUAACGAAAGUGUUAUAAAAGUUGUAACAGUUGAGAAUUUAUCAUCAGCAACAAACUACAGCAUAACUGCUAAGACCGGAAUAACAAACGACGUGAAAAGCGUGGCAUCUUUGAUAUAUUACAUAAAAACAGAGCCUAUUCCAGUAAAUGUGGAUGAAAUAAACAUUGGUGCGGUAACCAACUCAACUCUCACUGUCGUCUGGAACAAGCCGCUAGCUCAUACAGAUGGAUAUGAAAUAGAAUGGAAUUGUGAUAGCCCAAAUAUUGGCACAAGUAUCAAUAAACAUCAGACUCAAAAUGUCACGAAAUUGUCAGCUACUGCUUCAAAUCUUGAUCCAGGAACGUUUUGCAAUGUUACGAUAACGGCAUAUAUAAUAAACUAUGAUAACGCUACUCUUCAAGCAAUGGGUGUUUUCAAAGUUAUUUCUAACAGCACAUUGGAAGAAGACCCCGGAUCAGUGCAACAUCUAAAUUUCCAAGAUGUGACUUCAAAAAGUGUCAACGUGUCUUGGACAAAGCCUUGUUUUGCAAACGGAAUACUUACAGGAUAUUCAGUUAUCAUAACAAAACUAUUAUCGAAAGGACAAGAUGAAAGUUUGUAUACUAAAGCAUACACAAUAGAUGUAUCCAACAUGUUAAUGUCCAUAUAUGAUUUACUUCCAUACAGAAGAUACAAGAUUGAAGUGUAUGCUUUGAAUAGCGCAGGUGAUGGCGAAUUAUCGAAUGUUUCGUUCCGGACGAUAAUUGACUAUCCAGACAAACCAAUCAACGUUUCUACAAAAGAUAAAACCUCGUCAUCUCUCCUGAUUGAAUGGGAAAAGGGUGUCCAUUUUAAUGGUCCAACAAAGUAUAUAGUUCAUAUACAGGAUUCAGUUAAUGGUUCCAUCAGAAUUCAGUCGUGCACAACUAGUGUUGGUAAUUGGACAGACAAGCUCUCGACCGAAUGCAAUGUGCCUGGUCUAGACGCUUACUGGGAUUAUGACAUCGUUAUUGACGCAAUUACGUUUGAGGAAGGUAUUGACGAAUUAAUAGAAAGCUCAGAAAAGAAAACAUUUCGAACUGCAGAGGCCGUUCCUGGACCUGUAGCGCAUUUCGAUGUUAAACCAGAAGAGAACGUGUUGGAGGAACGGAACUUUCGUAUUGACUGGAAUAAGCCUGCUGAGCGGGAUCUAAACGGCGUCCUAACAGGAUUUGUUAUUCAUUAUCAAAGUGAACAGAUUGAGGUAAAUGUUGGUCCAAACACAACGAGCAAGACGGUAUACCACAAUAUAAUUGGUAGCUACAAUGUGUCGAUACAAGCUCGUACAAGGGUAGGGCCUGGUGCAGUUGUCCAUAAGGAGAUUACUGUGAAACCUGGAGCUCCGAUAAAAGUUGAAGAAAGCAAGAAACCACUGAUGCUUAAGGCGUCGGUGUCUGUUGACAACGACGAGAAUCAGAUAGCAGUAACUCUUCCACUUGCACAGUUUCUCUGCAAUAGCAGUAACGGACCACCAACUAUGUGGGGCAUUGUGGUUGCAGAAGCCGAUGAGGCAGCUAGAGAUUCAGCAUUUGCUGGUUCAAGAGACGACUUUCAAAAGAAGAUUGAUGACAUGUAUAAGACCUGGUUUCAAGUAGACGGCUUAAACAAUAUUCCACCAUAUAUUGUCACAAAGCCAAACUGGAGGCCGCCAUGCACAAGCGGGAAUCGGCGUAAGCGUUUUGCAACAGAUGGUUCGAACAUAUUUGUCAUAGGAAAUGAAGAAUGCUACGGUUCUUCUGUUUCGAAGGAAUAUUGCAACGGGCCUUUACCUGAUGGACGCUCUUUCAAAGUAAAAUCCUUUGUUUGUACAGACUACGGCUGCAGUGAAUCCGUAUACUCACAGCCGAUAGAAACAGUGAAAUCACUUGUUAAAGUUGCAGCGACUAAUAUGACGGGGGCAUUUGUUGGCGGAGCGGUGUCAGCGGUUGUUGUGCUAGUCCUAGUUGUAUUAAUGAUCUUCUUUAUGAGAAAGAGACAGGCAGCCUGUUUCAAAAAGGACACUGAAAGCAUAACACAUACUUCCAGUGACCGAUUCGUUGAAAUGGGGACAAUACAAACGAAGGCACAACCUGGAGCUGUUUACUUACAAGGUCCAGUAAAACUGACUGAGUUUCCAGCCUUUGUAGAGAAAAUGCACAAGGACAAUGAUCUUAUCUUCGCAGAUGCUUACAAGACUAUUAAGGAACCGAGCCCUAAACACCCUUGUACAGUUGCCAAAUCUCAGAACUGCCGAGCGAAAAAUCGAUACACACACAGUUUUCCAUAUGACCACUCGCGAGUAAAACUUCGACCGUCAGAUAAUGUUGGGGGAUCUGACUAUAUAAAUGCCAAUUACAUACCGGGCUACACAUCUCCAAGCGAGUAUAUUGCCACCCAGGGUCCGAUACAGGCGACGUUUGACGACUUCUGGCGAAUGGUGUGGGAGCAAAAUGUGGACAUAAUUGUCAUGCUGACGAAGCUCGUUGAAAACGGAAGGAUCAAGUGUGACAAGUAUUGGCCGGAUGUGAACAAGCCGAAGUAUUACGGGGACCUGCUUGUCUCAGUGGCGUCAGAGUCCAACCUCUCCGAUUACAUACUCAGAAUCUUCGAAAUCAAAUUAAACGGGGAACGACGUUCUGUCCGUCAGUUCGCUUAUCUUAAGUGGCCAGAUAUGGGCUGCCCUGAGUUUCCAGAAAUGCUCCUGGAGUUUUUGGAGGCGGUGAAAGUUCAUAAUAAGCGUCAACAUCACACAAGGGACAAGGGGCCAAUGGUAGUGCACUGCAGCGCUGGUGUAGGUCGGACGGGGACGUUUAUCGUGGUGGACCAUCUAAUGCAACACAUCCGUCACCAUGACGACGUAGACGUAUACAAACUCGUGCUUGAUAUGAAUAACCAUCGUUGCAACAUGGUCCAAACUGAGGACCAGUUUAUCUUUAUCCACGAGUGUCUGAAGGCAUGUAUAUCCUCGGACAGAAAUUAUGAAGAGGUGGAAGAACAUAUGUACGAACAACUCACGAAUAUGGGGAGACAACAUCUACAAUGAUAGUUGACAUCAUGAAAAAAAUGGACAACACGAUUGAUAGCAUCUUGGAAUUCUAACAUGUAUAAUAUAACACUGUUCAUUCUACGGUGACACAUCUGUUUAUAGUUGUUUUUGUUCAUUUAUAAUGCAUCUUGUUUAACCAGAAUGUUAUGAAUCAAACAAUUCUCAGAAGUGUGUCAGGCAUUGUUAGUCGGUCUUUUACUUCUUCCAUUCCAUGACAUUCAUCUGAUAUAAACACAUUCCAUGAUAUGAGUGUUAUUAACAUGUCUUUACUUAUAACUUACUAUUGUGUUCAAUCAAAAGAAACUGUCUAGUUUGUUGGGAGGAAAUUUGGUUCUGUUUUGUUCUGUUUUGAACUUCGCUUCUGAAUGUGAUUAUUUUAUGAGAGCUUUAAUUCUUUAAUGAUGUCUAUGAAUCUAAUGCUGGUGAAAUAAAAUAUACUAUAGCAUUUGCUUAAUA